AUGCCGUUCUUCAGAAGCAUAAUUAAACCAGCAGAGAGAGUUCUUGAAAAUCACUCCUAUGAAAUUCCGCUGAUCUCAUUUCUUCAGUCUGUCUGGGGCCUCUUAGCUGGCAGCUUCACAGAAACACACUAUUUAAAAGACGGCACUGAUGUUGUUCUUGCAUACAAUUACACGGGUCACUGCUACUACCAUGGAAAUGUGCAAAGAUACCCUGAUUCUUCAGUUAGUCUCAGUACCUGCUCUGGACUCAGAGGAAUUAUUGUAUUUGAAAAUAAAACCUACAUUUUGGAGCCAUUAGAAGGUGCUACAAAUGAACACAAGAUAUAUCGAGCAGAGAACCUGAAAAUUGGCCCAGGAUCUUGUGGCCACCAUUUCAACAUCUCUGGUAUCACUGUGGAUGACACUGCACAGUCUUCUCAAGCAUUCACUGGCAGGCACAAGAGGGAGACGCUGAAGAUGACAAAAUAUGUGGAGCUUGUUAUUGUGGCAGACAAUCGAGAGUUUCAGAGACAGGGCAAGAAUGUGGAGAAAGUUAAACAGAGGCUGAUAGAAAUUGCAAACCAUGUUGAUAAGUUCUACAGGCCGUUAAACAUUCGAGUAGCUCUGGUUGGCGUGGAAGUGUGGAAUGACAUGGAUAAGUGCUCUAUAACACAAGACCCCUUCACAAGUCUCCAUGAGUUUCUGGACUGGAGAAAGCUAAAACUACUACCUCGUAAACCCCAUGACAAUGCACAGUUAGUAAGUGGGGUGUACUUCCAAGGGACAACCAUUGGCAUGGCACCCAUAAUGAGCAUGUGCACUGCAGAGCAGUCUGGAGGUGUUGUUAUGGAUCAUUCAGAGAACCCUCUCGGUGCAGCAGUAACCUUGGCUCAUGAACUGGGCCACAAUUUUGGAAUGAAUCAUGAUACUCUGGAGAGAGGCUGUAACUGUAAAGCAUCUACUGAUAAAGGUGGCUGCAUCAUGCACCCCUCUACUGGUUAUCCAUUUCCCACAGUGUUUAGCAGCUGCAGCAAAAAGGACCUGGAAAACAGCUUGGAAAAAGGAGUGGGGAUGUGUCUCUUUAACCUGCCUGAAGUUAAGGAAUCAUUUGGUGGACAAAAGUGCGGGAAUGGCUACGUGGAAGAUGGAGAGGAAUGUGACUGUGGGGAACCUGAUGAAUGUACAAAUCGUUGCUGUAAUGCUACUACCUGCACUUUGAAACCAGAUGCGGUGUGUGCACAUGGACUUUGCUGUGAAGACUGCAAGUUGAAACCAGCAGGGAUUUCUUGCAGAGACUCAAGUAAUUCCUGUGAUCUUCCAGAGUUCUGCAGUGGAGCAAAUCCUCACUGUCCAGCUAACGUCUAUUUACAUGAUGGACACCCAUGCUACAGAGUAGAUGGGUAUUGCUACAAUGGUAUAUGUCAGACCCAUGAACAACAGUGUAUCACCCUCUGGGGGCAAGGUGCUAAACCAGCCCCAGGCAUCUGCUUUGAGAGAGUCAAUUCGGCAGGUGAUCCUUAUGGCAACUGUGGCAAGGACUCCAAAAGUUCCUUUGCUAAAUGUGAACCGAGAGAUGCCAAAUGUGGAAAAAUCCAGUGUCAAGGAGGAGCAAAUCGACCUGUAAUCGGUACCAAUGCUGUUUCCAUAGAAACAAAUAUCCCACUGCAGGAAGGAGGCAAGAUUCUGUGUCGUGGUACUCAUGUGUACUUGGGGGAUGAUAUGCCUGAUCCUGGUCUCGUGCUGGCAGGCACCAAGUGUGAAGAUGGAAAGAUCUGUUUAAAUCGCCGAUGCCAAAAUACUAGUGUAUUUGGAGUUCAUGAAUGUGCAACAAAAUGUCAUGGACGUGGAGUCUGUAACAAUAAAAAAAAUUGCCAUUGCGAGGCUGAGUGGGCCCCUCCCUAUUGUGACAAGCCUGGUUUUGGCGGCAGUGUGGACAGCGGACCAAUUAGACAAGCAGAUAGGAAAAGUUUAACCAUAGGAAUACUGGUAACUGUUCUAUGCCUCGUUGCUGGUUUAAUAAUGUACCUCAAAAGGAUGACUUUGAUUAAACUGCUGUUUACAAGUAAAAAAACAACAAUGGAGAAACUAAGGUCUGUGAAUCGAGCCAGGCCUUCCAAUUUAUUUGAAACUAAUCACAUCCAUACCACAACUGUCAGCAAAAAAAUAGACAUUAAGCCACAACAUUUAAACAUACCUAAGAGAGAUGGUCCAAGAAGAUUCAUGUCCUAUCAGACCACUGACAUUAGUAAUCCUGUAAAGCCACAUGAUUUACCACAAUCAAAAAUACCACAGAGAGUGCUACCACCCCUUCACCAGUUGCCUUUUCAAACUGUACCUGCAAGGCCUCUGCCAGCUGAUCCUUCUCUUAGACUUACCCAGGAAAGUCACAAACCAAACCCUCCUCAGAAGCCUUUACCAGCAAAUCCUCUGAACAAAACCACUCGCUUUAACAGUGCCUCCAUCCCAGUCCUUGGACAGGGGAAAUCUAUGCCUCACAUUACUCCUGUAAGACCUGCUCCUAAACAUCCACCACAAAUGCCCAGAUCCAGUGCCUAUGUGAAAUGACGACAAAAUCCGAC